AUGACGGAAGCAGUAGUGUUAACAACUGUAUCAACCGUGGAAUCAGCAACAAAUGCAACACAAAUAUCUUUGCUUCUGAGCGCUAAAACAAAUACUCUUUCAAAUACUUCAUCUGUUGAUCCUAUGCUAGCGACUACAUCUAGUCCUACUACUACUGAUAUUAAUACAACUACCAUUAGUCCCACCGUUGUUGCUACAACAACUACUACUGUUAGUCCUACUACUUCUACUACUAAUACUUCGACUACAACCAUCAUUAUAGUGACGACAAAGAAUACUACCACUACUAAUACUACUUCUAACACCAAUGCACUUCUUACUGUGAUCAAUACCACUGUUAGUCCUACUGUUACUACUACUACUACCGCCACCACCUCGGCGAUAAGAAAUACUACCAUUACUAAUACUAAUUCCACGACUAACACAACUAUUAUUAAUCCUACCUCUAACGUGACUACUACCACUACUAUUCCUGCCAAUACCACCAUGGUAACUACUACUAUAACUCCUCAAACUACUAUUACUAGUACUGCAGCGACGACAAGUAAUACAACUAUUACUACUACUACUAAAGCUACAACUAUCAAUCCAACUACUAGUACUACUACUGCUGUUACUACCACUACUAGCUUGAAGGGAACGAAUACUGCAACCACCAAUACUACUUCCACGACUAACACAACUAAUAUUAGUCCUACUAUUACUACUGCGACUACUACCACUACUGUCAAACCUACUACAAAUACUAUUAUUUCCAAUACUUCUAGCGGUAUUACCUAUACGAAUAAGUCUACCACCAACACUACCAGUUGGACCACCAUCAGCAAUACAACAAAUACAAUCACUACUACUAACACCACCAGUCCGAUAACCACCAACAGUACCACAAAUGCAACCACCACUUCUAACACCAAAAAUUCUACCACCACUAUCAGUCCCAUCACAACCGUCAUUGGAAUCAUGUCCCUUGUUAUUAAGUUACCAUCUUUUGAAGAUGAUACAGGUCCAAAACCAAUUCAACUUCCAGUUCCAAAAUAUGAACUGCCUAAUGAAGACUUAGUAGAUGUUCGAUAUGAAAACACUGCAAACCACUAUUGGUCAUUUAAAAGAGUGCUUGGGAAAUCAUUUAUCUUUGAUCGUGCUCCAGACCGUAAUAUACUGACGCGAUCGAUAUACGAUAGAUUAUCGUUUUUCGACAGUAAACUAAGUACCGCAGGUCCAAUUUACAAUGACUUAAAUAACAUGCAGAAAACUUUAUUUAAAUCCUUAAAUGGAACCCUGCCAGAAGGAAGAUUAACUAGUCCCGGCAUUCAUAAAACUCAAGAUAGUAUAUACAUUAAUUCAAAUGAGAAUGAAAGUUGUAUUUGCUUGCUGGAUGACAUUACACGUGAACGAUAUUACUUUAAACAAUGUUUAUUGGAUAUUAAUGAAUGUGAUUAUGGGUUGAGUUUGUCCGUUUGGCUUCAAUUCACCACCGAAACAUUCAGUCCAAAAGAAGUCCUUAUAUCAACAGCUCCAGGAAAAGGAAAAGGCUUUUCUCUUUCAAUUAACAACGGGAUGUUGCAAUUUGAAUUGAGGACAGCAGAUACCCUGUGGAAAGUUAGCAGUCCAAUUACAAAGACACUGAAUCAAUGGAUAAAUAUUGGUGUUGCAUGGGGCAAAAGUGCACAAAAUAUAAAACUGGUAAUAAAUGGUAAGAUAGUUGCUGUGAAAAAUAAUUAUCAAGGUGUUCAAUAUUUGGGUAGUAAUUCAACACCAACAUCAAUUUGGGUCGGUUGUGAUAGAGGAUUUGAUGGAGAGGAAAUUGCCUCCUCUGUUAAUCCAGGAAUCAGAGUAGUAACAGUUGCCUUAUGGUAUUGGCCCAUCCAAUUAAAUGAAUUGUUUAGUGGAGGCUUAGAGCAUUAUUUGUUAACAGAAAAAGUCUCAAAACCAUUAGUUCCUCAACCAGUUAAAAUCACAAAUUAUGCAGACUAUACAAAUGAAGUUGAAGAACUUAUACCGGACGAACAAAUUAGUGAAAGUUUAAAUCCAAUUUAUUUAAUGGCAGAUUAUUACAAUCCUUUAUUGGUUUUACCAUUAAAUUAUAUAAAAAAUGAUAUUGAAUUGGUAGCUGACCGUUCUGGACUGAAAACCGCUUAUCAAUUAACAUCAAAUAGAAGUUGUUUUGAAAUGAAACUCUUUAAUGUGAAAACUUGUCCUGGUAAUAUAAGUCUCUGCGUUCAGGGUUUAUCUAUGGGUGUAUGGUUAAAAAUACCGGAUAUUUUAAGUACUACAGUUGGUAUAUUAGAUAUUUUAGAAUUAGUCAAUGGUACCACUGUGUCAGUUUAUAACAAUUAUAUCAAUAUUUUCAUUAACUCAACUAAGGGUAUAGUUGUUUUUCGUGUAUACAGUGUGGUACCGAAAGAUAUCUGGUUCAAUAUUGGUAUCAGUUUAUCAAAUUUUAUAGACCCUACUGUAGCUGUAUAUUUUAAUGGUAUUCCGAUGCCUGUUGAACAAGUUUCGCCACCAACAAGAACCCCACUGCAAAGAACUGAUCGUUGUUUAAAUGGACUAAUUCUGGGCAGCUCGAAAAUUGGACAAAGUGCUGCUGGGAUUACUUACAACGAUUUUAUUCUAUGGUAUAGAUGGUUGUAUUCGUUUGAAUCACAUGUUUUUGUGGGUUAUACAAGAGCACAACAAGCAAAUCUUCAUAAUGCCAGCUAUUAUUGGACACCUGAUCCUUAUAUAGCUUAUGAUAGUAAUGUACAAAUACAAGUUAGACAGAAAUAUAAAUAUUUACAACCACAAAAUGAUUAUUCAUUAACAAGUAUACCUGGUUAUUCACUGGCAUCAAUUUAUCAUCCAAAAUUUGUCACAUUUCAUUUCAGUCAAGAUGAUUAUGAGAAUAAAUCAAAAGUGCCUAUAUUCGAAAUGAAACCAAAACAAUAUAUGAUGUUAGGACAGCGUAAGUCUUCUGAGGUGAUAUCAACCAAUUUAAUAUGGACUGGGAAAUGUUUAAUAGAGCCAAGUUUAUCUGCUUGUAAUGCACAUGGAUUCUCAAUAUCAAUAUGGAUCAAGUUAUUAACUGUUAGCCAGAAUCGUUUAAGAUUUUACUUAAAUUCUGGUGACGGAGGAACGAGUUUAUCAGCAAUGAGUUAUUAUCGAGGAAUAUCAAUAUUUACUGAUACAUCAUUAAUCGGUGUCUCAAUUUCACAGUUAUCAUUGACAUGGCAAUUAGUACUUGAUUCGAGUAGUUAUAAAAUUGGCCAAUGGAUCAACAUUGGUAUACUAUGGCGUGGAGAUGUCGGGUUAACUCUGUUACUUGAUGGUGUCAAUUAUGGAAGUGUACUUUCAAACGGUCAGAAGGUUUAUAAACCACGUGAAUCACCACCAUAUCUUGUACUUGGACGUUAUGAUACAGAUCAUCAAACAACAUGGUUAUCACCUUCUGAUGCAGAUUAUGCAGCUAAACAAAACAGUGGAAAUGAACCUCAAUGGGAAAUGAGUCACUAUGCAUUAGGUGAUAUAGCCUAUUUCAAUAGACUGUUAAGUCAUAAAGAAUAUAAUGAACAGAUUGGUUUAUUAGGUAAUCCCUAUCUACGUAAUAUACUUGGUCAUGUUUGGUUUGGUAGAAAUAUGAUUAGUCCACCUAUAUCUCAAAUUAUGGAAGCUGUCUCGAGAAAUAUUUCAAAACCUGGACCGAUUCUUAAUGGUACGGUAUCAAGUUCAGUACUACUUUUACGAAAUCCUGAAGCAAUACAACUAUCAGUGGGUGGUUCUCUACGUCUAGGCACAUUUAAAGGUUUAAGUAUUGGUGGUUGGUAUCGUUUUGGUGGAUAUUUAAUAAAACCAACUGACUUACAAAUUGAACCAAUUAUAUUAUUUACUGGAUUUGGUGGAAAUUAUGGUUUAACUAUAUCAUAUAAUGGUGCAUUAUUAGGUGGUUGGUUACAAUAUAAUAUUAUAAAAAAUAAUAUAAUUAUACAAAAUUAUUGGUUAUGUAUUGCUGAUAAUUUAAAAAUUGGUUUAAAUCAAUAUAAUAUGCAAUGGAUACAUUUUAGUUUCAUAUGGGGUAUCAAUAAAAUCAAUAAUAAUAAUAAUAAUAAUGAUAAUGUAUUACAAUUAUUAAUUAAUGGAUUAAUCAUAAUAGAAUGUAAUAAAAAUAUACCAAUUAAUAAUCCAUUAUAUCAAAAAUGGAUUAAUAAAGCAAUUAAUAAAUCAAUAAAUUUAUUUAAUGAAACUAAUACAAAUAAACAAUCAUUUUUAUUAAUUAGUUCAAAAACUUUAGAUCCAAUACAACAAAUUCAAUUUUCAAUUUCAUUAUUAUCAUUACAAUCAAAAUAUUUAACAUUAAAUAAUUUAAUGAAUUUAAUUGGUAUUGAAUAUUAUGAAAUUAUUGAUUUAUUAUAUUCAACAUUUUAUUGGAAAAUAUCUGGUUUAUAUAAUCAAUUAACAACUAAUCGUAUACAAAGUAGUAAUGCAUAUUAUGGACAUGAUCAAUAUAAUAAUCCAAAUAGUGCAUUAUGUACUGAAGGUAAUAAUUUAUCAUAUAUUAUAUUUAAUGGGGAUAAAAUUAAUCACUAUGGUGAUAUGACUAAUUUAUAUGAAUCAUGUUUAUAUGAUCCAUCUAUAUGUAAACGUUAUAGUUUAAGUUUAAGAUUUAUUAUAAUGAAAUUACCAAAUGAAUUAAAUGGAUAUUAUGAAAUUCUACGUACAAUACCAAUAAAUAAUGGAAUAAAAACAAUUGGAUUACGUAUAUAUUUAUCAUUAGAUCAAAAUGAUAUCAUCAUUGAAAUACGUAGUCAAUAUUUAACAUAUAAAUAUACAAUCAAACUUGAUUUAAUACAACAACCUGGAAAAUGGAUUAAUAUGCAAAUAUUUUAUUAUCAAGAUCAUCCAUUAACAAUAAGUAUUGAUGGUAAUACAAAUUUAUCGAAUGAAAAUGGUACAAUUAUCAAUGAAAUUAAUAGUAAAUUAUCAACUGAUGAAAGAUUAAAACAAAAUGUAAUCAUUGGACGAGGUUUAAAAAUGUGUAUAAGUUCUAUGACAUUAUAUGAUAUAUCAAAUGAAAAUGAUUUUGAUUUAUUGGUUAAUACAGUUAAUUCACAAAUAUGUUAUACAAAUAUGGAUAUGUUUGAAGAAUUAAAAGGGUCAAUGAAUGAUUAUAAAAAUCGUACAAAUUAUGCAUCUAGAUUAGAAAAUUUUAUUAGACCAUUAUUAUUUUCAUCAAUAUCAUGUAUUCAGAAUCCAGAUAUAUGUAGUAAUAAUGGUAUGACUAUGUCAAUGUGGAUAAUAAUUAAUGGAUUUGUGAAUGAAGAAGGAAAAAAUCUUGAUGUGAAGAAUAAUGAAAACCUGACUGCAAUAAUUUUGUCUACUGGUCCACUAGAUAAUUCUGGAAUUUUAAUUCAAGUUAGCGUUGAUUCAAACAAUGCAUUGGAAUUAGGUCAGUGGACAAAUAUAGCAUUUAGUUGGUUUAGUCAACCCGAAGAGAACAGUGGUUCACUUGAGAUUUACAUAAAUGGUUUACGUAAACAAUCUUCAACAAUACCAACUUCUAUGUUGAAUAUGAAUACAGAGUUAAAUGAUACUUCCAAAGUAUUCAUUGGUUCUGCAUAUUACAACGUGAACAUAAAUACAACUAGUUCAGUCAAUAAAGUAUUUGCCACCGGAGGUAUUGCAAAUUUAGCGUAUUGGGAAAGCAAAGAUGUUAUCAGUUGUUCAAAGCCUAGAAAAACAAAAAAGUUCUUACUCGGAGAUUGUGAAAGUGAUACUGACGUACCAGAAACAGUUACAUGUAUUAUGAUGCAAGGUUGUAGACAAGUCGAUGGUUUGGUGUGCAUGGAUCGAACAUUGCCAAAUCUUAUUCAAAUGGCAAGUCAAGCAAAUAAACUUAUUUAUCCAUCAGAUUUUAUAAAAGUUUUACAAAUUAGUGUAGAACUUUUACAAAUUUACAAACAACAUCAAACUACUACUACUACUAAUGAUAAUAAUAAUGAUAUAUCAUUUGGCUUAAAUAUUAUAUCUUCUACAAUGAAUAUAAUACAUUCAUGGUAUAAAAUAAUUGAAUCAUUUACAAAUAUUAAUGAUCAAUUAAUUAUUAAUGAAAUUAUUUUAUUAAAACAAAAUAUUCAUUAUUUAAUUACAAAUUUAAUUAAUUUAUUAUUAUCAACAAAAUUUAAAUUAAUUUGGUUACAAUUAAUAAAUGAUCAUUAUAUUAAAUAUAAUAAAUUAUUAUCUGAAUUAAAUUAUAUAUUUUUAUUUAUUUCAAAAAUAAAUAAUAAUCAAUAUAAUCAAUUAAAUUCAUAUUAUAUAAUUAAUAAAUUAAAAUAUAUAAAUGUCAUUAGUUAUUCAUUAGAUUUUAAUUUAAUCAAUAAUAAUAAUAAUAAUAAUAAUAAUAAUAGUAAUGAUAAUACUAAUAAUACUAAUACUACUACUACUACUAAUAAUAAUAAUAAUAAUUGUCUAAUCGAUAAUAAGAAUCCUAUAACAUUGAAUAUAUCAUAUCCAACCAAUACAGGUAAUGAAAUGUAUCAUUCUCAAUUUCAAAUUAAAACAAAUGAUCAACAAAAUAUACAAUUAAAUGGUGCUUUAACAAUUUUAUCUAUUUUAAAUAAUAAUAAUAACUAUACUACUGAAAACUUAAAAAUUAUUGAUAUACCAUUAGAUAAAUUUAGUAGUAAUGUUACACAUUAUCAACAGAAUUAUAUUGAUAAUGAACAGAAAGAUUCAUAUACUACUACUACUACUACUAUUACUACUACUUCACAAUUAGAGAUACCACUUGUAUUUCUUAUUGCAAGUCCAUUAUAUUCUGUUGAAUUUUAUACAGAAAAUCAUUCAUAUACAACAAUUCAAAUUAAUUAUACAAUACCAUUAUUACGUUUAAAUAAAUAUUCUAGUGUUUAUUAUUAUGAAACAACUUGGCGUAUGAAAUGGAUGGCAUAUAAUGCUGAAAAAUAUAAUCAAGGAUUAUUAGCCAAUGAAAUACGUUGUGUAUAUUGGGAUGAUCAAUUAGAUACAAAUGGUGCAUGGAAUACAAAUGGUUGUCAAAUUAUUAAAUCAACUAAAACACAUGUGCAAUGUUCAUGUAAUCAUUUAAGUUUAUUUGCUGUAGCAAUGGAAUCAGAAGAUGCACCAUAUAGAAGUGUACCAAUAUGGAAAGCAUGGGGUACAAAGUCAGAAUCAGAAUGUACCAUGUUAAUGAAUAUUAUUAUUUUUGGAGGGAAUGGUCUAUCGUUAACAUGUUCAUUAAUAUUUAUUCUUACUUUGAUCAUUGUAUGGAAGAAGGCUAGUAUACCCGAUGUUUGUUUAACACGUAUGGGUUUAUGUCUGUGUCAAAUAGGAUUUCAUGCUACUUUAUUAAUUGAACCAUUAAUGAACCAAUAUCAGAUACCAUGUCAAGCUAUUGGUGUAUCAUUAAAUCUAUUUGCUAUACUUGUAUCAAGUUGGCUUUCAAAUGAAGCAAUAAGUCUGUUCAAAAGUUUUGUAUUAGGUCAAUUAAAAUUAACUUAUUGUUGGACAUGGAUUACAGGCAUUGUUAUACCAGUUUCGUUAGUUUUAAUACCGGCAGUUGUAUCGAAGUUAAACUCACAAGGUGGUGAUUUACUAUGUUUACCAGCACAUGAAUCGUUAGAAUUUUGGAUUAUGUUCGGUUCCAUAUUUGCUUAUACAAUUAUUAAUGUAAUGGUAUGUUUCACGUUAACUUGCAACAUAGAAACACCAGCAUUUUUAUCGCCAAAGAUACUUGAUAGACUACUGUAAGUUUCCGUUAAUCAAUAUUUAUUUUUAUGAUAUAUUGAUUUAUUAGUUGUUAAACUAUAAUCAUUUUUUAUUGAAGUGUAGGAGAUGGUUUGUAUAAUUAUUAUUAUAUCAGUGAGGAAUAAUAUAAUAAAUAAUCUUUACAGUUUUUUUUCUUUUUACAUAACGAAAGUACAUUAGUUAAGCCUAGUAAAAGCUUACAGUUCUUUCAUAAAUUCAGACUGAACUAAUUACAUCCAGUUUAUUUAAAACAGUCGAGUUCUAAGGUAACAACUUAGUAUGACGAAACUGUACUAUUCAAAAUUAGGAAGACCAGGUUAAGAAAAUACUUCAGUGGACCAACAUGAACCAUUAUAGUCACAUAAAAGCACACGUGUGAAGAAACUGAAUUCAUUAUUAUUGUACUAUAUCAUAACUUGGAGUCUACUUUUUGUUGUAAUACAAUUUGCAAUACCGUAUGUAGUUUUUGUUGCAUUUGCCCUUGUUUCUUUACAGGGAACAUGGAGUUUUGUCAUUUAUGGUUUAGAAGAUAGAGAAUUGUUUAAAGCUUGUUUACGAAAUACACAGAAACAACGACGAAGUGACAAUAUUUUAGAAACUAAUAAACUAUCAACAGAUCCUGUCAUAAAGAAUACGGAAAAAGAUGAAUUACACAUAACUGAUCAAUCUGGUCAUCACUAUAACAGUACUGCUAUGAGUCAACAACAUCAAGACACUAGAAACGAUACACAAAUUCUUCAAAGAAAUAAAAGCAAUAAGAAGGAUAAUGAAUAAAUGUCAAUUCUAAUCGACCC